CGUUGGUCCGGCAACCCUGGAAAAGGCAAAAAAAAAAAAAAAAACGCGGAGCAAAUUACAAAACACCAUGUCGUUCAGUAAUUUGUUAAUGAAAAGCAGCCUCAAUCCGGGCGUGCGCGGUGCCCAGGCUGGCGUCCUGGUGGCCGCCACCCGGCAAGGGCACACCAUCCGCGGCAAGGCGCCCGGCGUGGCCCGUUCGCUGGAACAGCGGGUGCGAGAGGAGACUGCCACGGACCCCGAGGUGGUGGCCCGCGUCAACAUAGGCUUCCCGCAGCUGAAGGAGUCGCGGUCGGCGCAGCUGAAGAAGCGGCUGGAGCACCUGAAGGCCCAGCGGAGCAGCAAGCAACUAGAGCAGCUGGCGCGCAGCAACAAGCUGAUCAUCGACCUGGAGCAGGUGCAGCGCACCUAUGUCAAGACCACCGGGCAGCAUGAUCUCCGCCUGCUGGCCGACCACUACGGCAUCUUCGAGCACCUCUUCGGCAGCGCCUACUUUGUGCCCCGCGUGCCGCUCAGCAUCAGCUACCAGCUGGAGGGCGACAGCCUGGCCCCCGUCUACAAUGGCAACGUGAUCAAGCCGGCGGAGGCGGCCAAGGCGCCGCAGAUCAGCUUCGAGGGCCAGGUGGAUCCCAUCACGGGUCAACCGGCUGGUGGGGACACCUUCUGGACCCUGGUGGCCAGCAAUCCAGAUGCGCACUUCACAAAUGGCCAGGCCGAGUGCCUGCAUUGGUUCAUUGCCAACAUACCCAAUGGCAAGGUGAGCGAUGGUCAGGUGCUGGCCGAGUAUCUGCCACCGUUCCCGCCACGCGGCCUGGGCUACCAGCGCAUGGUCUUUGUGCUGUACAAGCAGCAGGCGCGCCUGGAUCUCGGCGCCUAUCAGCUGGCCGCUGAGGACUAUAGCAACCUGGAGAAGCGCACCUUCAGCACCCUGGACUUUUACCGCCAGCACCAGGAGCAGCUCACGCCCGCUGGCCUGGCCUUCUAUCAGACCGACUGGGAUGAUUCCUUGACGCAGUUCUAUCACGAUGUCUUGAAGCGCAAGGAGCCCGUGUAUGAGUACGACUUCCCGAAGCCGUAUCUGGCCGACCAGAAGUUCUUCCCGCUGAAGCAGCCCUUCAAUCUGUACAUGGACAAGCACCGCGACCAGAAGCAGCUCAACAAGGAGUACCUGGAGCGCAAGCUGGCCAAAACGCAUCCCUUCGACGGGCCGCAGCAGCCGCUCCGCUUCCCCAACGCCCAUCCCAUACGCGAUGUGCCCUCGUGGCUGAAGACCGAGAUCCGGAAGCAGCGCCUCGGCACCGGGCGGGUGCAGGACUACUAGGGAUGCCCAAUGCUGUUAAGUUUGUCUGUGUGUAAUAGUGGUUAACAAGUUCGUUUUUAUUCACUGGAAGUACAUGAGUCGCUAAAAGUACACGGUUGCCUCGUCUGCAAACUACAACUA